GCACCAACAUCAACAGCUUCUCGGCUUGUUCAACUGCGCAUGUGCGUGACCGAGCUCUUUCGGAAGCUAAAGUCGGAUUUAUCUAGCUAGGGGGUCCACAUCAAAAAAACCCAAAGAAAAGAGUCAUGUCGGGCUUUCUGGACGGGAUCCGGUGCGGGGAUUGUGAGUGCAAUGUGGACUGGGGGGAGAGAAGAAACACCAUCGCAUCUAUAGCUGCCGGAGUCCUGUUCUUCACUGGCUGGUGGAUCAUCAUCGACGCGGCGGUGAAUUACCCUAGUGAGGGAGAGUUUCAUCAUGCCUAUCACACCUGCGGAGUCAUCGCGACACUGGCCUUUCUCAUGAUAAAUGCUGUUUCAAACGGCCAAGUGAGAGGAGACAGCUACAGUGAAGGCUGCAUGGGACAGACAGGCGCUCGAGUGUGGCUCUUCAUUGGCUUCAUGCUGGCUUUUGGCUCUCUCAUCGCCUCAAUGUGGAUUCUGUUUGGAGGAUUUGUAGUGCCUCAAAAGCCUGUUGUGUAUCCUGGUAUCGCCAUUUUCUUCCAAAAUGCGUUCAUUUUCUUCGGGGGUUUGGUCUUCAAGUUUGGACGUACAGAAGAUCUGUGGCAGUAAUGGACUCUUGUGUGUCUUAAUGUCCACUGUUUAUAUACACUCUGCUUUCUAUAUUGUAUGAGACAAUAUGCUUUGGUGGUUAUUCACUUUAUAUAUAUAUAAACUUUUUUAGCUUUCAAAUUAACAUGUUUAAUUUAUAUCGUUUGCUGUAUAAUGGCUAAAUCAUAACUAAGCACAAAUUUUCAUAGAAUCCUUGAAAGUUGAAUAUUUUCAAGUGUGGCACAUCUUUCAAUGUGUCUAUUUGCACUCAGACUCUGUAGCCUUGUGUUAUGAUGACUUACAACUUGUGUAUACAAAAAAAAAGUGUAUUUUGGGAGCUUUACUUCCUUGAACUGUCCACAUUUCCUUUGGGUAUACCUCUGACAUCCUUUUUAAUUUCAACUGUCUCUUACGUGGAAGUAACAUAAAUUAUUAUGGUACAAAUUAUAAUUGAGGGCAAUAUUUCAUAAUACUGUACACAUUUGUUGAAUGUAACCAUAUGGGGCUGUUUGUAUUUUUCCUGAAAUAACAAUGUCAGCUCUGAAACUUUCCAGCCAUGAAGAGCCUACGCUUCUGACCUGAAGUCAACAACAGUUUCACAACUGUAGGGUGUUGUAUGUAUACUGGAGAUUUGUAUUCGACAAACACUUAUCCAUUACUGUCUGUGUAGCAUCCAAACCAUGAGAUCGGUUUCUGACAACCGUGACAGCAUUAAACAGAAACUUACCGAGCA